AUGCAGGCCAUUCGCUGCUCCUCGCGCCCAUUGGUGCACCAGCAGCGUCCGACCCUGCUUGCGGGCCUUCCCCUCCGUUCUAGGGCGUCGAUCAGGCCUAAGGUGGCAGCUCUUGACCCCGUUACGAUCCCCGCGGACGAGAGGGGCUUCCGCCUCAACCCGGAUGGCACCCACGACCUGUCGGCGCCGCCGCCGUUCAGCCUGACCGACAUCCGCAACGCCAUCCCGGCGCACUGCUGGGAGAAGAACACGUUCAAGUCGUUUGCGCACCUGGCUUUGGACGUCGGCAUCGUGGCCGGCCUCGCCGCGGCCGCCUACGUCGCCAACAGCUGGUUUGUCUGGCCGCUGUACUGGCUGGCGCAGGGCACCAUGUUCUGGGCGCUCUUCGUGGUCGGCCACGACUGCGGCCACCAGUCGUUCAGCCCCAGCCGCACCCUCAACGACUUCGUGGGCAACAUCGUGCACGCGAGCAUCAUGGUGCCCUACCACGGCUGGCGCGUCAGCCACCGCAAGCACCACGGGAACCACGGCCACGUGGAGAACGAUGAGUCUUGGUACCCGACCACCAAGUCUCUCUACGACAAGAUGGACGAGUGGACCAAGCUGGGCCGCAACUACUUCCCCACCACGUUGUUCGCCUACCCCUUUUACCUCUGGAAGCGCUCCCCUGGCAAGACCGGUUCGCACUACGACCCGUCGUGCGACCUGUUCGUGCCGUCCGAGAAGAACAUGGUGCUAACCUCGGACGCGUUCCUGGUCGGCAUGGCCGCGAUCCUGGUGGCCGCGACUGCCAAGUUGGGCAUCCUCGCGAUGUUCAACCUGUACUUCGUGCCGUACUGGGUGUUUGUCAUGUGGCUGGACACCGUGACGUACCUGCAGCACCACGGCAGCAGCGACCCCGCCGAGAAGCUGCCCUGGUACAGGGGCGAGGAGUGGAGCUACCUGCGCGGCGGCCUGACCUGCCUGGACCGCGACUAUGGGAUCUUCCACAAGGUCACCCAUGACAUUGGCACCCACGUCGUGCACCACCUGUUCCCCCAGAUCCCCCACUACAACCUGCAGGACGCGACCGCCGCCGUCAAGCCCAUCCUCGGCCCCUACUACCGGGAGCCCGUCAAGUGCGCCCCCCACGGCGUGCCGCUGCACCUGCUCGAGCCCCUCAAGCGGUCGUUCGGCGAGGACCACUUUGUGGCUGACGAGGGCGACAUCGUGUUCUACCAGAAGGACGAGAAGCUGGGCAAGACGGCGGCGUGA